AUGGCCAACUUGAUUGCCGAUUACAUUGUCGUGGGCGGUGGCCUCACUGGAUGUGUCGUGGCCUCACGUCUCAGGCCCGAUGAAACCAAUAACCCGGCUGCUGAAUUCUUCUUAAGUGGUCUGUCGCUCCAAGGCGACGAACUUGACUACGCUUAUACAAGUGAGCCCGUACCCACUACAGCUGACCGCGUGCACCGCCUCAGCGCCGGUAAGGCUCUGGGCGGAGGGACUGCCAUCAACUUUGGCGGUUGGCUUCGAGGAGAUGCUGCCGACUACGACGAAUGGGCUGAAGUGGCUGGGGACAAGUGCUGGAGUUACGAAGGCCUCAAUCUUUGGUUUGUAAAGUCGGAGAACUUCUAUGACUCUAAUGCAGACCCUCAAGAGCAUGGCUUCAACGGGUCUAUGUACGUCACUUCAAUUGCCGCCGCCGAAGAGGGACAACGUAAAUACCCUCUUCGAGAAAUCGUUAAGAACGCAUGGGCCGAGCUUGGAGUCUCCCACAAUGUUCACAGAAAGAAUGGCGCCAGUACCGGUGUGAACGAAAUGCACGAGAACUGCAGCAAAAAGGGCAUGCGACAGCCGUCCAACGUUGUUUAUCCACUCAACCACGUCAAGGUCUUUACCAAUACCCCCGUAUAUAGAAUCAUUUUUGGUGAUACCAAAAAAGCUACUGGCGUGGAACUGGUAGACAGCCGCAAAGUUACGGCGCGAAAGCAGGUCAUCGUCUCUGCUGGCUCUUAUCAGACUCCUAAAAUUCUCAUGCCCUCAGGUAUCGGUCCAUCAGCCGACCUCGCCAAACAUGGCAUUCCUCUAGUACACGAAUCUCCAUACGCUGGUCAAAGUCUCUAUGACCACUAUGCAAUCCAUCUCGCCUAUCGUUUGCGCAACCCCUUGCUCGGGUACGCUUUUGGAAGCGCUGGUUUUUCAUAUCCUGCCUUUCUAAAAGGGCUUCCGUGGGACUGGAUUGCUAAUCAGCCUCUCCCAGAGAAAAUUCUCUCCAAGAACCAGAAUAAGACUAAACCAGGCUGGGAAAAGCAAAAUGUCUACGAGGUCCUUACUGCUUAUGUUGUACCAGGCAUUCCUGGUAUUCCCAUUGAUGGUAGCCAUAUUUCUACUUCAACAAUGCUACUCCUUCCCACAUCCCGCGGCAAGGUUACAAUUCGAUCUAGCUCACCGACGGACCUCCCAUCCGUGCAACCAAAUUAUCUCUCGACCCAGAUGGAUCGUGAUGCUCUUGUUCAUGCUGUUCGUACAACUAUAAAGCUCCUAACGGCAACUGCAAAUCUGAAGCCCAUCAUCGAGGGUGAAUCGCCACCUGUUCAAGAAGGUCUGGAAGGGUUAACUCCGCUUAUUGUGGAUACAAGCGAUGAAGAGAUACUAGAAAGACUCCAGCGGAUUGGAGAGCAGCACCAACAUUCCGGCGGUACCGCGGCCAUGGGCACGGUAGUUGAUGGGGAAGGUAAAGUCUUAGGCGUCACGGGACUCAGGAUUGUCGACGCAAGUAUCAUUCCAGUACCCCUGGGCGGGCACCUGCAAGCUACGAUGUAUGCCAUGGCCGAGCAGCUUGCCAGCAUGAUUCUUGCAGAUUCUUGA